AUGAAACCAAAAACUAGGACAAAGAGCUCUGGCAAAAGAAAGAAAGAAAUAUGUCGACGUAAGGCGUACAAUUCAGAAAACUUAGACAAGGCCUUGCAAGCCGUGAAAGAAGGAAUGAGCAAAAAAUUGGCAGCAAAGACUUAUCAAGUACCGCGGGCUACUUUGCAUUAUAGAAACCCUGAACAUCAGUCACGUCCAGGCUCUCCCACUAUUUUAUCGGAAAAGGAAGAAAAAGACCUAGAAGAUUGA